UUUCAAUGAUUACCUCCGAAAUUUCCCUUGCCAGUAAUCUUGGCGACCUCUACCUGCUGUUGAGGUACCGGUGCAGGACAACCCCGACAGCUGGACUGAAGCGGCAAAGGCCGCCAAGCCUCUUCUCUUCUUCUCAUCAUGGUCGGGUGGGACCUUUUCCCUUCAAACCCAAUUUUUCGCCCUAAUUCGGCUCACAAUUUCUCAUCGAAUCAAGAGGCUGGACUCCAUUGCAAUACGUGCAUUUCUUUUAAACAGAGAGUUGCAUGCAAUUUGCAGAAGUGUUGCAGCUUGCAGAUCUCUCGAAAAAAACGCGGCGUUAUCGCACCAUCAUGAUCUCUCACACAAGGCAUGAGACAUAGCAACCACUGCUGGGCUCAUCAUCAAAAUUGUAAAGUGCAUGUGUUCUAUCCGGGGCGUCCGCUUUCCUGCUGCUUUCCUACUAACAUAUCUACUUGUGUCCGAUACAACCUAUGUAUACCCUGUACCUUUCCGAUAGGCGGAUUUUUGCUCUUAACUUAUCUCACGCCUCGUUUUUUUUGCCGUUUCACGACGCUCGACGCAAAACGCAAAGAAGUUCGCGGCUGUCAAAGAAUAACGCCGGUCCGCCGUUACCCUGCAGCGCUGCGGCAACAGCAUUCGGCACCGUGAAAUUCGCUUCAUGUGUGGGCAUGGCUUGAUGGGGCGUAGGAGGUGAAGCGAAAAGCGGAAAUUUGUGCUAUGUGUUUUUUGCUUUCUAAAUGUGAAAUAUGGAGCAGGAGGGGAAAAAAGACAAGGCUGAAGAAUAUGAUGGCACUCAAAUCUCAAACAAAGAUCGACGAUGAUUUAACGUUCUGUGUUGAUCCGAUGUUUAUCGGGCCAAGAAGAUUGCGGGACUUCACCUGCUUUGAAGAUCUAGAGCUCUGUGUUUAGCGUGCGUGCUCUUAUAAACCUUCUCGCAUAGCCCAGCACCCAUCAAUUUCCAAGUUUAAACAAACACAACGGCACUUCCUAUUUGUCUUUUAAAACAUAUUCUGUCCUAUCGUCAGUGCACGUUAUCCCACAGCCACUAUGCCGGAUCCUAAUUGUCACUCUCCCAAUGACACAACACCUCUCCCGACUUCUUCAGUAUCGUUCAGCGAUACGAGUGAUUAUUCCCCAACGAGCUCUGUUACUUCAUCCGAAAUGAGGCUGUCAGAUCAGUUACCUUCUCCUAAAUUUGCCACGUCUCGCGGCUUCCCAUUACUACCACCAAGUCACCCCUUGCGCGCUCAACUAUGUACCCAGGUUGAAGGAGAAAUGAGCCCACCUAGAACACCUAAGGGACAUCCUAUAGAUCAACUGCCAAAUUCUUACUUUCCGUUCCCCCCCUCAAAAGCAAUAAAACACAGGAGUCAAGGUAUCGCCAAUCCAUAUGGUAGCGAUAACCCUUCGUAUCCGGUUGGUAUCACCUAUUUGCUUCGUAUACCUCGAAGGCUCCGUCCAUACCUCUUGGUCUCCUUCUGCCUCUUCAUUUUCGGAUUCAUCCUCGUGAACAGAGCAGUGUCAGUUUCUCAGGGCACACGCGCUGUUACUAUGCAAAAGCAUUUCAGCCACUCAACGCACAAAUACAUACCGAUUGACAGGCUAUAUGGAACCAAUGACGGAAGUUCAUACCUUUUAUCAAGUCAACGGGCAACAGAAGCAGGUAUCGCGGAGGUGAAUGCGCGAGCUAGAAAAAAGGAUGCCGAGCUUUUCAGGUUUGAGUCAAUGGAAGAAGAACUUGCUGCUUUGAUUUCAUUUGUCACUUCUACUACCUCAAAUGUCAUCCCUCAACUUGAUCCAUCGGUCCCAUUAGACCCCUCUGUUAUUCUCGACUUCGACCCUUCACACCCAAAUGCCCGAGACGACCUUCUUCUUUUGCAGGCGGAAAUUAAUGCUGUGUAUCCUCUGGUUCUUUUUGGGAGGAUGCGCGACCCUCAUCACAGGGCGAUCAAGCGCUUAUUAUCGGAAGUCAAAAUAACACCCGCCCCUCUUGUUAUCGAAGUCGAUCAGCGCAAGGAUCGCAAAGUCUUCAUACCAACUGUGGCAAGACUACUGGGGGAUGAACUUCCCGUCAUAACCCUACAAGGCAAGAGGCUGGGGGGUUAUAAGGAGAUAAUGGCAAUGCACGAGGCGGGUACCUUGAAUGACCGUCUCCAGAAAGAUGGAGCAGUACUGGUGAGAGAGAUAAAGAAAAAGAAGAAGGGAGCUAAGGAACAAGAGAGAAUGGAAAACGAAAGAGUCUUGGGACCGGCGCCAGUUGUAGAUGAUGAAUAAGUUAAGGAUUAAGAGAUAUUGCACGACUGACAACGAGUGUUUCUGGUCAUCUUAUGUGUGUAAUUAUAUAUAUUUUUUAUAUAUUGC